UACUGAUGUUGACAACCUAAAGACCAGUAGAAAAUCAAUUAAGUUAUGAAGAAUACCAUUAAUUGCCUUUCUUUGUCACAGCAGCACUGAAAACAUGGCGGAUCUUUACGCGAUGGACCUUUAAAGAAGGAAAUCGUCGUUGGUAAUAACAGGUUUAUAGCUACUUGCGUCGCUAACCAGACCGCGAGGAAUAUUUAUCUAUUUUUGGUCUGUACUGGAAUCACUGAUGGUUGUGAAGGUGUGUGGAGGGACACCACAAACAAAAGUGAGGCUGACCAGAAGAUGCCCAGAAAAAAACAGCAGAAUCCACAACCAGUCAAGUUGGAUUCUGAAGAUGCUUUAGCCUUUGAAGUUCCUGGAAGCCUUCCCUUAGACACCGACAUUCUACUGGGACCUGAAAUUGAGUUUGACGAUUCUGAUCAUGACAAAAUUUUAGGCCUGGAGAAGUUUGCAGACGUGGCGGCUGAGAUCGGUUUCUCUGUGUAUUCUUUGGGUGAUGAGGAGAGCUCUGUCUACAGCCCACUCACAAUGGAAAAUACAGACAACUCACACAGCAUGAGAGGAGACCAGAGCAGAGGGGUCCAGACUGAACACUCGUUUCCACCUUACCUGUCUUGUCGAGGCUGUGGUCAGAUCUGGCAUGACCCUUUGGGACCUGGGAUGGACCAGGUUGGUCCUUUCUGCCUUAGAUGCUGCAAAGCAAAAACAACAGACUUCUGUUUACCUUUUGGUGGUGGAGUCAGUGGCAUUCACUCCCAAACUGAAGUGGAUGGUGAAAAAAGCAUGGCUGACAAAGCACAACCGUGUGAGGAUAAAUCCUCCAAACUGCCCUCCUGUCAUCUCUGUGGUUUUUCAUCUCGCUAUGCUAACCACGUUAAGCGCCACAUGAAAACGCACAACGGGGAGAAGCCUUUCAACUGCCCACUGUGCACGUAUGCCUCUGCACAGCUGGUUAACCUGCAGAGGCACCUGCGCAUCCACACAGGAGAGAAGCCCUACAAAUGUGACCGCUGCAACUUUGCAUGCAGUUCCCUCGGAAACCUGAAGCGCCACCAGCGCAUGCACAUGGUCUCAGGGCUGGGACAGGCCCUUCUGCCUCGCCCUGCCACUGGUCACACGGUUGAGAGAAGGCACCCACCUGGACAAAGGGCCAAUGAACAACUCUCUUCAGCCAAAGUCUCACAGGUGCCAAGAUUGACAUCCAGUGUGACUUCUAGAGCAGAUGAUGACUAUCUGUCUGCUUUUGAAAGCCUGAAGCGAGCCUCACCUCCACCUAUAACUGCCAUAAAUCCUGCGCCAGGACCCCCACCUGCUGCCCCACAGCAGAGCACAGACACAGACAGGAAUCUGCCCUCCACUCUCUUCCCCUUCACCUGCCGACUGUGUGGUGUUAUUCUGGAGGAUGAGGAUGGCACUUCUGCUCAGAUAUGUCCCAAGUGCACUCUGGAGAUGCUGACUAAAGACUCUGGCUCUCCCCACAGCCCAGGGGAGCGCAGUGACAAAGUAUAUACUUGCUCAGCCUGUCCUUUCCUCACACACUACCCCAACCAUUUGGCCCGCCACAUGAAGACACACAGUGGCGAGAAGCCGUACAAGUGCCCUCAGUGUGACUACGCGUCAGCGCACUUCGACAACCUCAAACGACAUCACCGUGUGCACACGGGCGAGAAGCCAUUCAAGUGCCAUUUGUGCGAGUAUGCCUGCGGGAACCUGGCCAACCUCAAGAGGCACCAGCGAGUCCACUCGGGCGCCAAGCCUUUCCAGUGCACUGUGUGCAACUACAGCUGUAACCAGAGCAUGAACCUCAAGAGGCACAUGCUGCGACAUACAGGGGAGAAGCCCUACAAGUGUGAGGAGUGUGGCUACACCACGGGCCACUGGGACAAUUACAAACGGCACCAGAAGAAGCACGGACUGGCCACAGACGGCUGGGUUAAAGUGCCCCCCAAUGCUCAGGAGGACAGGGAAGGGACACAGGACGGUGUGGGAGUUCACAGGAAGGAUUUAGCUGUCAAUAUGCAGUAUGUGCCAAGGGAGGGCCAGACUCUACACUCAUGCUACAAACUGGAGGUUGUAUAAGAGAAACUACCAGCAAGGGACUGUUAUUACUGAGUGUCCCUUCUAACUGUGUGUCUGUCAUGUCCAGAGGCUGCUAAUGUUUUUGAUCAUUCUUGUUUCAGAAACUAUUAGGACAAUGGGUGUCAAACUUAAGUUUUCAGCUUUGAACCAAGUCUAAGCCCCAUUGUUGUUGGACAGUGUAUCAAACUAAAGUGAAUACUAGAAACCAGAAAUGCCACCACCCAUAGUAAAUGUGCUACUGUUUGAGAUCCACUGAAGAGGUUUGUCUAUAAAUGUUUAUUUUGAUGUCAAGAUCAGCUCUUUAUUUAGUGGUGUUUCAUUGUCAUGCAUGUUUACAGCAGCACUGUGUAGAUUUGUAAUACCUCAUUUGUAGUGUACUACAAAGACGUGUAGUAACAAUUACACAUUGAAUUUUACUGAAUGUAGUUAAACCUAUUGGUCCUUCAUUAAACAAAUAUAUACUUUUUUCCUAUGUGCAUAGAGUUCUAUUUGUAAUUGAUAACUUUGUAUCUACGGUAACCCAGCCCCUUUUACCAAAGUACUCAGGUUUACCUACAUUAUAAAGUAGUAGCACCGGGCAUGCACAACUGUUCAAAGCACAUCAGUUGUUAAUUGGACUAUUUGAGCAGUGUCCUAAACCCCUCCCUUCUUACCAUAUCAUGAACAUGCAGUGGACAUGUUUUUAAUGAAUGUAUUAUUUGAUCAGAAAAGCCAUCUGUUUACACCAUGUUUUACUUGAAAAAAGACAGUAAAGCAUGUGUGUGGUAUUUUAUUAGUUAUGUUACAUUGACUUAGUAUAGGAAGUGUGUUUAAUGUAAACUUUAUCAUGGAAAUUGGAAGAAUUAUGCAAGAGGUUUCAGGUUGACAACAUGCCAUUAUAUGGUCACUGACAUGCUCCUUGUUACCGUUGUUUUAUGCAGUAAUUCAUAAAUGCCUUAAGUGAAAAAUCCAGUAUUUUGAUGAAUGUCAAAUAAAGAUUUUACCAU